AUGUCUCUCAAAUACAACAAAGUCCUCGUACUAGGCGCAACCUCCGGCAUCGGCUGGGCGCUCGCCGAGAAGAUAGUCCAAGACGGCAAACACGCCAUCAUCGUCGGCCGCCGACAAGAAAAGCUCGAUGAAUUCCAAAAGGCGCACGGCAGCGACAAAGUCUCGACCUACGCCUUCGACAUCACCAAGCUAGACGAGAUCCCCAAGUUCGUCAAAGAUGUAACAAGCGCGCACCCGGACCUGGACUCCAUCUUCCUCAACUCGGGCAUCCAGCGCGGUUUCGACUUCUCCAAGCCCGAGACCGUGGAUUUGGACUUGCUAGAAAUGGAGUUUAGGACGAAUUACCUAUCCUACAUGCACCUCACCACAGCAUUCACACCCUUCCUGCAGAAACAAGAAAAAGAAACCAGCCUCAUCUACACAACCUCCGGCCUCGCACUCAUGCCCCUGCCCCGCUGUCCAAACUACUGCGCUUCCAAAGCCGCACUGCACCACAUGAUCCUCGUGCUCCGGCACCAGCUAGGCAAUGGCCCGGGCAACAUCAAGGUCAUUGAGAUCUUCCCGCCUGCGGUGCAAACAGAGUUGCAUGACGAGAAGCACCAGCCUGAUAUCAAGGACGGGGGUAAUAUUGGUAUGCCGCUAGCGGAGUUCACGGAGGAGGCGUGGAAGGGGUUGGUGGAGGGGAAGGAGCAGAUUCCUGUGGGGUUUGUGGGCAAGGCGUUUGAUGCGUUUGAGAAUAAGAGGCAGGAGAUGUAUAGGCAGAUUUUUUUGUCGGAGAAGUAG